GCGCCGGAGAUGUGCGCGGCUGGCUGCGCGGGCUGGCGCUAGCGGCGGAGCGGAGGGCACCGGCGGAGAGCUCCUUGCGCGCCGCUGCCGCGGGGAGACAGCCUGCGGCCGGAAGGACGGGCUGGCGGGAUCAUGACAGAGCCAAGCAGCAGAAAGGAAGGGUUUAAAAAAUGCCGGAGCGCUACUUUCAGCAUCGAUGGCUAUAGCUUUACUAUUGUUGCAAAUGAGACGGGUGACAAAAAUGCACGGCCACUUUCACGAUUUGCCCGGUCUAAAUCACAGAACUGCUUGUGGAACACCAUUAUCGGUGGGCUGACUGGCAACCUCAAGGAAAGGCCAAAGCCCACCAUCAUCAGUGACCCUAGACCUCCUGAAGAGAUCCUUGCAGAUGAGCUGCCACCUGUGGACAGUCCUGAGGCACUGGUGAAAGCAUCUUUCAGGAGCUUGUUGUGGGAAACAGUGGUCACAUUUGAGCGACUCCACAGUCUGAUAAUUCACAUACGGUUGCGAUCUUUGGUAAAGCAGCUAGAAAGAGGGGAAGCUUCAGUUGUAGACCUAAAGAAAAACUUGGAAUAUGCUGCAACAGUCCUUGAGUCAGUAUACAUUGAUGAAACUAGACGUUUACUGGACACAGAAGAUGAGCUCAGUGACAUCCAGUCUGACUCUGUGCCCUCAGAGGUCCGGGACUGGUUGGCUUCUACUUUCACACGGCAAAUGGGGAUGAUGCUAAAAAGGACAGAGGAGAAACCCCGGUUCAGGAGCAUUGUCCAUGCAGUACAAGCUGGGAUAUUUGUGGAAAGAAUGUACAGGCGGACGUCCAACAUGGUCGGUUUGAGCUACCCACCAGCUGUAAUUGGAGUGCUAAAGAAUGUAGACAAGUGGUCCUUUGAUGUAUUUGCACUAAACGAUGCCAGUGGAGAUCAUGCACUGAAAUUCAUUUUUUAUGAACUUCUCACACGCUAUGAUCUGAUCAAUCGCUUCAAGAUCCCCAUUUCUGCCCUGGUGUCCUUUGUGGAAGCUCUGGAGGUUGGAUACAGUAAACACAAAAAUCCUUAUCACAACCUAAUGCAUGCUGCAGAUGUGACACAAACAGUCCAUUACCUCCUUUUCAAGACAGGUGUUGUGCACUGGCUGACAGAGCUGGAGAUCUUCGCUAUGAUCUUUGCAGCUGCUAUCCAUGAUUAUGAACACACAGGAACCACCAACAAUUUUCACAUCCAAACACGGUCAGACUCAGCCAUUCUGUAUAAUGACCGGUCUGUGCUUGAAAAUCACCAUGUUAGUGCAGCAUAUCGUCUUUUGCAAGAUGAUGAAGAGAUGAAUAUUUUAUCUAAUCUCUCAAAAGAUGACUGGAGGGAGUUCAGGGCUCUGGUGAUUGAGAUGGUGUUAGCCACUGAUAUGUCCUGUCACUUCCAGCAAAUCAAAGCCAUGAAGAAUGCUUUGCAGCAGCCAGAAGGAAUUGACAAGCCGAAAGCCUUAUCGCUGUUGUUGCAUACAGCAGAUAUCAGUCAUCCAGCCAAGGCCUGGGACCUCCAUCACCGCUGGACGAUGUCUCUGCUAGAGGAGUUCUUCAGACAGGGUGACAAAGAAGCAGAACUAGGACUUCCCUUCUCUCCAUUGUGUGACCGCAAGUCGACUAUGGUUGCUCAGUCUCAAAUAGGUUUCAUUGAUUUCAUCGUGGAACCCACUUUUACUGUGCUGACUGAUAUGACCGAGAAGAUUGUGACACCGCUCAUAGAUGAAGCUUCCCGUUCUGGCAUGUCUGGGUUCAGACGUUCCAGUCUGAAUAGCAUUAGUCCCUCUGAAGUUAAGAGAUCAAGUGUCAAGAGCACUGGGUCAGAAGGAAGUGCCUCACUCAACUGCUCCAUACUCACUGUGGACUUCAAAUGUUUUAAAGCCACCUGGACUGAGGUGGUGCAGCAGAACCGGGAGAAAUGGAAAGCACAAGCCACCAAAGAAGAAAAAGCUAAGAAAGAAGCAGAGGAAAGUGUUCAUCAGGGAACAGAUGAAAAGAAAACAGAUGAAAAGGAUGAGAAGCCAACUGAAGAUGACACAGCAGCAAAGAUGGAGAACAGCAAAGAACCAAAUCCUGGGGAAAACAAAAGUUCAGAUUCCAAUGAGAAUUCCCACGUAAAUGGGACAGGGCAAACUGGAGUGACCAGACACGAAGCCUCUCAAGGAAAAAGUGCUCCUAGGACAGAUAAGGGAAUGGAUUCUCAUCACACAGCGAGAGAAGAGAAACAUGUCCAGAAUGGUGAAAUAAAGGAAGACUGUAUGGCAGACAAAAAAGAUCAAUCUGGUGUGGGAAGUGAAUCAAAGAAAACAGAUGGUCCAGCACGACUUUCGGGGGGCUCACUGGGCUCCAGUUCCUCAGCAAGCCGCCUCACACUGCCAGCCAUCAAACCUCAGCUGUGUCACCUCGAGAGGCCCACCCACAGCUCAGGACCCUAUUUCCCAGCCUUCCACAAGAAAUCAGAGGAACAUCCUGUGAGGUAUAAGCUCCUUGACCAAAGGGGAAGGAUGAAAAAGAUCCAAAACAUUUCUCAGAGCUGGACUAGGAAAUAGCAAAAGAGCUGAAGAGGCAUCUGGAAUGAAGCUCCUCACGGGCAGUGAAGGAUGUUGUGCAACCACUGCACAGGCCAGACUGCAUUGCAUUGUACAGCAGCUGUUAAUCCUAGAUAAAUGCAAGUGUGUGAUUUAUCUAAAUAUAAUGAACAUUUUCCUAGAAAUGUUCUCAAUAGCCUUAUUUUUAAAGCAUACACUCACCUAGUAAUAAAAUAUUGGACUGUUACCUUAAAAUGUAAUUGUGUACCACUGUUUCCUGUCAAAUUAAGAAAGCCAAUGCUUUUUUAGAUUGCUGAGCUUGUUAAAAUGUUCUCACUGUGACUUGCUGCCUAGCACAGGUAGGACACCUCCUAUUUCAGACAGCACAGGAAAGAUUUUCCUAGCCAAAUUGAAUGUUCUCCUGCUAUAAUGUGGUAGGUGCUCAGGAGAAUGAAAGUAGUAAACUGAAGUACAAAUUGUUUCACUCACUAGGGAAAAGAAGACACAGCAGGACAUUAAAAUUGUGCCUUGUGACCUCAGCUGUAUUUUUAAUAGCACAACCUUCUGUGGCGUUAAUUGAUCUGAGCGAGAUCCCAUGUGUUCUUGUGGUGCGCAGCAUCCCAUGGACCCGAGAUGCUUCACUCUGUGAAGGAGUUGCUUUUGUUCCUACAUUUUACACUGUGAGAAACAGUGGCCAAUAACUCCCUUUCUUCUUCAUGCCCCUGGUGAUUUACCUCCCCUUCCAGCUGAGGAUGUCUGUUCUGUUUCUACUGUCCUCACAAGGAAACCUACUCUACCUUUUGUCUUUCCUGCUGAACUUCUCUAUAUCUUCUUUUAAUCUCUCUUUGAGAGGGCCUGCACUGCACAUGAUACUCAUAAUGCAGGUAUACCAGAAAUUCUGCCAAUUACACUGAAGUAAGCUUCCUCUUCUCCUUCUCCUUCUUCUUUUUUUUCUUUUUUCUUUUUUACCUUACUUCCUUCAUUUCUCUGCCUUGCUUGUCUUCUUCUUCACCUUUUCCAAACCACAUCUUCUGGAUAAGCACAGUUAAUAGCAGAGAGUUUAAUUCCCCCGUACUACAAAGGCUGGCCAUUUUAUGCCUUCCCCACCCCUCCAUUGUUAACCAGUUAUUUAUCCAUGUAAAGUUCAUAUGCUAAGAUCUUUUCUCAGUCAUUGACAGAUCAGUAGCUUUGACAGCAGGACCUUCUCAACAUGUCUUCUGGAAAUCCCUGUGGGCUCCUCCAGGGAACUCUCAAAAUAUCUCUGAGGCAGGCUUUCUCCUGUAAAACCUGCACUGAUCUCUCUGUUGUAUCUACGGCUGCAUCUACUAAUUCUAUUGUUCAUAUUUCCUAAAAGUUUGUUCAUUGUGAAAUCAUAUUCUGAUAUAUAUAUCUCAGAAUGUCCAACAUCAAAACUGCACCAGUAUAUGUAAGUAACACUGCACUAUGAGAGUUACAGCACAACAUAGCUGGUUGUUGCAUGAGCAGAUCUGGGGCAUCCUCUCCUGUCUGUUAGAGGUCACUGCAAUUCCAGGUGUACUUGCCCUGAGUAGCAUCUUUCCACAGAGUUUUCCUAGAAAUGUCCACAAAAUUGGUGAAUACAGCAGACAGCUGACCAAGCACUCUGAUGUCCCUGUGUCACUUGUUUUUGUCUGCUUGUUUGAUAUUUGUGGCAUUGACCUUAAGCACCAUCAGAACUCAUGACUCUAGCAGCCAGUCUGGAUUACUGCCUAAACUGAAUGCAAAGAGGAAUGCACUUCAAAGCCAUCUGUUUAUGAAAUGGGAAUAUAUCUCUAGGAAUUUCUUGAGAAUUAUAUUUUGCUGUAGAGUACCCUGAAGUGUUUUACAUAAGCAGGCUGUAUGGAAACUCAAAAUUAUACUAUUCUCCCAAACACA